AUGCCUUCAGAUCAAUAUCAAGCUUUCGGCAUGUUCAGCAGCAAGUGGCAGUUGGUCUAUAUCGGCUUGGACGAUAGGACUAUUGCAGGCCUAUACGAGCUGAACAGCAGUGGUAUUGUUGCAAAGCCUCAUUUGCAUCUUGAUGAAGGCGAGUUUGUCUGGGUUGAUGCUGGUUAUGGCUACUCCAGCUACACAGUUGGACUGUACAGCAACACUGCAGCUGCAAAGAGCAGAGAUCUCCACUACUUCAACUAUUCACUCUCCCACAUUCGUGUCAAGGCCAAACAUGGCAUUGCCUACCUCAAGAACCGCUUCCAAUGUCUCAUGGGAUUUCGAGGCAACCUGUAUCGAGAAGAGGACCACGAGAAAGCUGCACAUAUGGUCCAGGCUUGUAUCAUUGCACAUACAUUCGCAAGCCAUUAUGAUCGACCAGAUGAGGUGGCAGAAUACCUUAAGGCAUCAGAAACUCUAUCUGAAGCUGAGGUGCUGGAGACCAUGUCAGGGAUGGAAGCAUAUCAGCAGGCUACUGAAGAUGCAAGGAUACAACGAAGGGAAAACCAGCAGCAAUAUGAACAGGAACAGGCUGCUGCCAUGGAGGGCAUGUCUCAGAACCGAGUCCAGAAGUUCAGGCAGGAGAAAGCACUGGAUCUUAGGAAGGAGAUGCUCACUGCACUCUUUGCUUCUCAUGGCCACCCUUUUGAGGACACAACAGCAGAAUCUCAAAGGAUGGGAAUGACAACAUUGGCCUUCACUGAAUGGCAGGAGAGACAAAACCAAUGGCAUGAGGCUCGCAGAAGACAGUGA